UUCGAAGAUCGCUGUAGUUGCUGCAGAGUUGACGACGGUUACAGGAGAUCUGAGUUAAACAGUGAGAAAGUGCUUACCUAUUGUUCUUGCGUUUAUGUGAAAGUGAUUUCCUUUGAAAAACUGUAAUAUUUUGUGAAAAAUUUUGUGAAAACUUACUUUUGUAUAAGGAGUAGUGACAAUGACCUCAUAUACCGACAAAGGACCAAAACCAUUAUUCGGCAAGUUCCUUAGUUUCGACCAUUUAACCUUCUAUGUGGGCAAUGCCAAACAGGCAGCCAGUUACUAUGCAACACGAUUCGGUUUCACGCAUGUAGGCUAUCGGGGUCUAGAGACGGGCCAUCGUCGCCUAGCCAAACACGCCGUCAAACAAAAUCGGAUAAUUUUCGUUUUUGUGUCCGCCUACAAUACUGACGACGCUGAACAUGGUGCCCAUUUGGUGAAGCACGGUGAUGGUGUCAAAGAUAUUGCCUUUGAAGUGAAAGACUUGGAUGCCAUUUUCAAAUAUGCAAAGGAACGUGGCGCUGAGGUGGUGCGUGAAAUUUGGGAAGAAAAAGAUGAAUAUGGUAGCGUACGCUUUGCCACCAUUAAAACGUACGGCGAUACCACACACACCUUUGUCGAUCGCACUAAAUACAAUGGAAAAUUUCUACCCGGCUUCAUAACACCCGCAGCCGACAAUCUGCUUCAGGGCUUACCACCCACAAAACUCGACUUCAUCGAUCAUGUUGUUGGCAAUCAACCCGACUUGGAAAUGGAGAGCGUAGCUGCAUGGUACGAGCGCGUUUUGCAAUUCCAUCGUUUCUGGUCCGUCGAUGAUUCGCAAAUACAUACCGAUUACUCGGCACUGCGUUCGAUUGUUGUGGCUAACUAUGAGGAGAAUGUAAAGAUGCCCAUCAAUGAGCCCGCAAAGGGCAAGAAAAAGUCACAAAUCCAAGAGUAUGUGGAGUAUUACGGUGGGGCAGGCGUACAGCAUAUUGCGCUCAAUACCAGCGAUAUUAUUACAGCAGUGCGCAAUCUGCGCGCUCGUGGUUUAGAAUUUCUCACAAUACCAAAUUCAUACUACGACAUUUUGGAAGAGAAUUUGAAGAACAGUCGUACAAAGAUCAAAGAGGAUAUGAAGCUUUUGAAGGAAUUGAAUAUUUUAAUAGACUACGAUGAAAAUGGUUAUCUGUUGCAAAUCUUCACAAAGAAUCUCCAGGACAGACCAACGCUGUUCAUCGAAGUCAUUCAGCGCCAUAAUCACAAUGGGUUUGGCGCCGGCAAUUUCAAGUCUCUCUUUACGGCAAUUGAAAUGGAACAGGCAAAACGUGGCAACUUAUAGAAUUCAAUAGCAAUAUUUAAUAUUUCUUAAAUUCAAAAUACCUUAUGCAUUAAAAUUUAGUAUAUAAAUCACUUUUAAGUCAUUGUUAAUGGAAAAUA